UCGAUCUUGAUCUUCAGUAGGGUUCACGCAGUUCUGUUAUUUUCAAUUUUUCUACGACUUUCAUGUAUACACGCAGAGAUAGCUGGUACCCCUAUUUGGUAUCCUGUUUCUGGGGUACCCGGGAGCCGUUUCCUCCCUCGCUGGGUAUAAGCGAAUUCGCCCGUAAGGGUCCCGUCUAGGCGGUGUGAAAAUGUUUGUUGUCUGCGAAACGUAAACCUUUUCUGUUGUCUGCUGAAACGUAAACACUUCAAAAACAAAUCUGUACCACAACAUACACACCAUGACGAAAUUCUUCGCUUCUAUUAAAACGGAAUCGGAUUGUUCCGAAUCCCAUUCCCACCGACGUCACAAGUGUGACGGACCACGGAGAGCAGCGGUGGCAACACCUUCUCUGCAACUACUGAUGGCGGCGGCGGUCGUCAAGAUUGCCGUGCUGCAAAACAUUUUCUUUGACAAUGAACCAAGAAAUGCCAUUCCUGUGUUGGUUCAUGCUCGCUUGCUAGAACAAGCGGAAUGGCCGCGGAUUCAGGUGGCGGAGGAGGCGCUGCUGUUUCUGCAGGAAGAGUGGCACAACGCAGGUGGUGGCCGCCCAGGAUCAACAUCAGGAGGGAAGAAGUCCUUUUCUUUCUCUGACAAUGUGCUACUGACUUCGGCCGGUACUUCGGGCAGACGGGCCGCGGGUUUUACUUCCGAAGACGGUGCGUGGACAAAGAACGCCACAGCGAUUUCUGCCAGUCGUGGUCCAGAAAGCAGCUUGUUUGCUGGCACCAUCUCUGGCUUUCCGGUGCUGCGUUCGUGGGUCACUUCUGAAAAAGAUCCGGCGUCGAGCGAGGACGAGCGCGCCACAGGUCGUGACAGCACGACCGACGAUCUUGCAGACGACCCAGUCACAUCUUCACGUCGACCGGCCCUCGCUGAUGAAAACGGCAAGGAGGAUCAACUCGUUCUGCACUGGGAAAAAAAGAUUCUGUCCAAAGCCAAGGCGCGGUCGAUUUUUGACCGCCCGGUGAUAGCGAUUGCACCAGCACUAUUUGCGUCAUCUCGCUCUGGUUCUGUUUCUGGUGUAGUGAAAUUGUUCCAGCACAACGCUGCACAAGCCGCGUCCACAUCUGGUGUACUUUUUCCCCCGACCCUGUACGCCGAUGGGAAGUAUUCAAUGGAGAUUCCGAAAGACGCAAAAUUUCCCACAUUCUUCGCUCCGUGCGAGGUGCGGCGAGGCGACCAGCACCCGGCUGAAGAGAUGAGGUCAUCAAGCGUCAAUGAUCAUGGCGCUCAGGACGAGACCUCCGACGGAAAGAGGAUGCUCGAGCAAAAGCCCGGUUUCGACAAGAAGCCCAGCCUGCAGUUGGCGGACCUGCUUCCUGACUUCUUCAGCAAAAUUACCACGAAAACCAAUGGUGAUAACAAGAAUAUUGUCGAGCCAAAUAGUACAACGGAAGAACCACAAAAUAAAAAGCUGCGGCCUAUCGGGCGCGGGCGCAUGUCUGUCGUUCACGAAGCCGUAUUCGAGGGAAUGCGCGUUGCCGUCAAAAGAUUUGCUUUCGAACAAUCACCGAAAGGAGCUCCUUCACAACACAACAUGUACCUCUACCGCACGGUUCUCCAAGCCGCAAAACAGGAAUGUUCCUGGGCGAGGAAGAUUUUCGAGACCAAGCACCCCGCGGCGAGAUUCUUCGUCCGGUGCUUGGCGACGAACCUGCCGGGGUUGCGACCACUAGAACGAAGAGGAGGACUACCGCUGCAUACUGCCGGGCAUGGAGAAGAAGAUGAGAGGACGUCAACGAGGAUCUCGAUGGCGCAGCAUCAAUCCGCAUUUGUUGCACCUGCUGGUCAAAAAGCUGCUGCUGAUGCAAGUAAAGAGGAAUUAUCCUCGCUUGAUACAACUAUGACUUCCACUGCUGGUAAACAGCUUUUCGUGAUCAUGUCCUACGGGGGGAAAUCGGAGUUCCCUUCUUCGCCCUUAAUACCACCUUCGUCCAGCGAAGUAGAUUUGAAUGUCGAAAGCCAACAAGAUCUGACCGCCCCAAGGAUCCUGGCGCAGCUGACCGAGGCGAUCAACUUUUUGCAGACCAAACUGCAGGUGGCACAUCACGAUCUGCGGAGAGAAAACGUGCUGUUUGAUGAGGAGAGUCAGGAAAUUCGGAUUUUGGGCUUCGGUGGCAUGCGGUCUUUCGAUGAUAAAGAGAUGGAACAAGACACAUCAACUUCAGAAGGCAAAGAACAAGAAGAAAAUCUAAAUCUCUACGAAAAUCCUGUCAUGAUGCCGAAAGAAGCCUACAAUGACGUGCUCUGGACGCCAACGUUUGCGUCGCAGGAGUUUGAAACGGGGAAUGCGACGUGUGCGCUUUUUGACGAGAAAAUGGAAGAGGAGAAAAAGUUAGAACACAAACUUAUUCUCCGCACCUACGACUUCUUCUCCCUGGGUGUUUUGUUUUCCGAGAUGUUUUUGCUGAAUAAAGCAAGCACGGCUAUGAAUUCUCGUGCAGCCAGUUCAUCUGCGUCUGCACUUCUUACGACACCAAAAAGUGGCACAUCAAAUGCCCAACGACCGGCUACAACAAGAAGUACUAACCUCAUUGCGGAAAAGUACACCGUGUUUUGCUCGAGUUCGGUACUGCGGCCCGAGAACCAGUUGAAUUGCCUGGCCAAGGCCGUUCCCUACUUCAUUGAUUGGGAUAAAUUGAAACACGACAUGCAGACCAGCACGCUGUUGACGGUGCAACUAUUCGAAGCGGCGAAAGUGCAGCAGAUGAAAACAGAAGCAAAAACAACUUUCUCCCCCACCGUCGUGCAGAAGAACACGCCACCACCAGCACCAUCAUCGUGGAACGGCGCCGCGCAACUGACGCAAGACAGUGAGUUUGUGUCUAUCUUCUGCGACAUCUGGCGCGGGUUGUUUCUCGAGCCGGAGAAAAGGUUUGAGGCGUUCCAGAACUUAGUCGCCCUGUUCAAGCCACUGUGGAGCAAUAGGUCAGCAAAAACACCAGAGCGAAGCAGAAGCAAAAGUAGCCCGCCGUCAACAUCUAGAAGUACUUCCACCGGGUCUUCUGGCAGAACUUCCUCUUACCUCGAGAGCAACAGCACAGAAGGAAUUCUUUCUGCGUCACAAGGUUCCACCUCUCCGCUUCUUUCGCGUGCUGGUGCUACUAGGGAGAUAAUGGGCAUUGUCACGUCUUCACCGGAGCUGCUGUCUUCCAAGAACAACAGUACAAGCACUGAGACCACUGCCGGGCGGGAAGAAACGCAAGAAGAAGUUUUCAGUUUGUGAUUCUCUAGCUACCGGAGGCGGAGCAGCGCGGCCACGAGUAGCUAGUAAGUUCGGUGAGAGCUGCUGGGCAGGCGUAGUUGUAGUUGUAUUCUACUAUCAGUAUCAGGAUGGAGUUGUACGAGUAUGAGUAAGUUUUAGUAGAGUUCUUGUUUGAGUUUCGUCAUGGUGAGUAUGGAUCACGUGGAUUGAUCAUUCCUUUUCUAAAAAUCUGUUGUCUGCGAAACGUAAAGGUACAAAGAGCUUGUCUAGCGGAGUUCUCAGUAUUCAGAAGCCAUAACGUAAAGCUUUUGUUUUAGAGGCGGCCCCACUUUUGGUCGUGCGUGAGGAGC